AUGCUCCCUGCACGCAAGGUAGAUGUGUCGGAAUGGCCACAUUUACAGAAUUUGGUUCUGGCUGACCCCGAUUACGGCACACCAAAUAAAAUUGAUAUUUUAUUGGGAGCAGAAGUAUAUGCCCAGAUACUGCAGGAGGGUGUAAAGAAGGGUCCUAUUGGAACUCCAAUAGCGCAGUGUACUAGUUUUGGAUGGAUCUUGUCUGGAGGUUCAUCAGAUAAUAAUGAAAGGAAAAUUGUAUUGCAUGCACAAGUGGAUACGGACAACGAAAUAAUAAAACGGUUUUGGGAGAUGGAAUCAGAACCUUUAUUAAACUCAAAAGAGAUGUUGACGACCGAAGAACAGCGAUGUGAAGACAUCUUUGCAGCUACAACUACACGAGAUAACCUUGGCAGAUAUGUAGUUAAAUUACCAUUUCGUGACGAGAGUCCAGCCUGUAAAGAAGGAAAUUCAAGAGAGAUUGCUAUUAAGAGGUUAAAGUCACUGGAAAGAAAAUUUGCUAAAGACAAUAAUCUAAAAGAAAAGUAUACAGCAGUUGUGAAAGAAUACUUACAGUUGGACCACAUGGUGUUAGUCCCUGCGGCUAGAGAAAGUGAAAAUCAGUCUGUGUAUUUACCUCACCACGCUGUUAUAAGGGAGGAUAAGUCAACUAGCAAGGUCCGGGUGGUAUUCGACGCAUCCUGUAAAAAUGAGAAAGGUAUAUCCUUAAACGAUAGUUUAAUGGUUGGACCUACACUACAGCCGGAGUUACGUCAUCUCAUUCUGCAAUGGAGAAUGCAUCCCGUAUGUCUGAUUGCAGACAUAGUGAAGAUGUAUCGCAUGGUAAGAGUGGCUGAUCCGGACGCUGACUAUCAACGCAUUGUAUGGAGAGAUAACCAAAACGAAGAAAUACAAGAUUAUAAAUUACUAACAGUUACGUUUGGAACAGCAUCGGCACCAUAUCUUGCUGUGAAAGCACUUAAUCAGGUCGCCGUUGACCAUACGAAUGAACACCCAAUAGCAGCAAAAAGAGUUGCUAGUAGUUUUUAUAUGGAUGACCUAAUGACAGGAUGUGAAACCAUAGAAGAGGGUAUAGAACUUUAUAAAGACAUGAAGGCUCUGCUUAAGAAAGGAGGUUUUACUUUGCAAAAAUGGGCAAGUAAUAAAGAGGACGUACAGAGAACUAUAGAUUUAUAUGAGAAGGGGGAGAGAGUGCUGGAAAGGGAAGUACGGAAUCUGGAAAUAAAACAAGAUAAUAUAGUUAAGAUUUUAGGACUUACCUGGAAUAAAACGAAGGACGAGUUUCAGUACUCAGUCACAUUGCCACCUGUAUCUGCUCCUGUAACCAAAAGGAAGAUUGUAUCUGACGUCGCACGACUUUUCGAUCCUUUGGGUUGGAUCGCACCAUGCGUUAUAAAAGCAAAAAUAUUUAUUCAGCGGUUAUGGUUAGCUGGUACAGGUUGGGACGAAGAACCAACAAAAGAAAUAUUACAUGAUUGGUAUACUUACCGCGAGGAAUUGAGUCAACUGUCCGGCUUUAUCAUUCCGAGAUGGCUUCACGUUCAAGCAGGUGAUGUCCGUGUGGAGUUGCAUGGGUUUUCAGACGCUUCUAAGCUGGCGUUCGCUGCUACAGUGCACCUUCGAGUGAUCAGUGGAUCAGGGGAUAUUAAAGUUCAGCUGGUUGCAGCCAAAACUCGAGUUGCUCCAGUAAAACAAGUCAGCAUACCGCGCUUAGAACUAUGCGGUGCCGUACUGCUAGCGAAGCUGUUAACGGAGGUCGCAAAGGUGUUAAAUGUUCCGAAGAGCAACCUAAGAGCUUGGACAGAUUCAACCGUCGUUCUUGCAUGGCUAAAUAAGCACCCCAGCCACUGGAAGACAUUCGUGGCCAACAGAGUUUCCGAAAUUCUGUGUCUGCUGGAACCUUGUCAGUGGUCCCAUGUUUCGACGAAGGAGAAUCCAGCGGAUUGUGCAUCUCGUGGAGUUCGUCCAGCAGAACUAAUCGGCAAUUCGUUAUGGCAAAAUGGUCCUCAGUUCUUACAACAACAUGUUAUUAUAUACACCAAGCCAACUGACAACGAAACACACCUGGAAGAAACUAUUAAAUCUCAUCACGCUCAGCGUUUAGUAGAUGAAUGUAUACUUAGUAAGUAUUCGUCACUUCAAAAGCUCAUAAGAGUAAUAGCUUAUUGCAGGAGAUUUCUGAGAUCAAGAAGUGAGAGAUUGGAGAAGUCGAGAGCGCGAAGUAACCAUUUAAACGCGUCCGAAAUAAACGAAGCUCUAAGCACCUGCAUUAAAAUAGCUCAAAAUAAUGAAUUUAAACUAGAAAUUUCCCAAAUAGAAAAACACGGAUUAAUUAAAACUAAGACUUCAAAAAUUUUGUCAUUCACGCCGUUCUUAGACGUUAAGGGAGUGCUUAGAGUAGGGGGCAGGUUAGCAAAACUGGAUGAAGAAGAGGAUAUCAAACAUCCAAUUCUGCUGCCACAUACGUCACCCUUGUCAAAAUUAUUAGUCGCCAAUGCACAUAACAAAACUCUGCACGGGGGAGAGCGGUUGAUGCUUAAUUACCUACGGGCUGCAUACUGCAUCAUAGGUGCAAAAAAUCUAGUUAAAACCCAUGUGCAUAAAUGCAUUACCUGUGUAAGAAACAAAGCAAAUAUGCAAACCCAACUGAUGGGCUCCUUACCACGAGUUAGAAUUACUCCAGCCAGACCCUUUUACCGGAGCGGAGUAGACUAUGCUGGUCCAAUUCAUUUAAGGACGUCCAAAGGCAGAGGUCACAAGGCUUAUAAGGCAUAUAUCUGUCUUUUUGUAUGCAUGGUAACCAAGGCCGUGCAUAUUGAUGUUGUUAGUGACUUAACUUCUAGAGGCUUCAUCGAGACGUUCAAACGCUUCGUUGCGCGUCGUGGCUAUUGUGCUGAACUCUAUAGUGAUAAUGGCACUAAUUUUGUGGGUGCCUCCAAAGAGUUAAGAGACUUAUUUCAGUCAGAACAAUCAGCCAUGGUUCAAGAAAUUUCGGAAGCCUUGGCCACGCAAGGAACAACGUGGCAUUUCAUACCACCUCGAGCGCCCAACUUUGGCGGAUUAUGGGAGGCGGGGAUAAAAUCCACCAAGUUUCAUAUAAAACGAGUCAUCGGUGAGUCAACUCUAACCUAUGAAGAGAUGGCCACUCUUCUUAGCCAAGUUGAAGCCUGCUUGAAUUCUAGGCCAAUAUCAGUGCUGCCUAGCAAUCCCAAUGAUCCAAGUCCAUUGACUCCCGGCCACUUUCUUAUCGGAGAGGCUCUAGUAACAAUACCAGAAGUUAACUAUGAAGAGUCCAAUAUCAGUUCCUUGAAACGAUGGCAGUUGACUCAGAGAAUGCUGCAAUGCUUUUGGCGCAGAUGGUCGAGUGAAUAUUUAGUACAUCUAUUGCAUCGCUAUAAAUGGGCGGUCAAAACUCCUGAGCCAGAAGUUGGUGAUAUCGUUUUAGUGAAGGAGGAUGAUUUACCGCCAACCAAAUGGCUAUUUGGUAGAAUCGUUCAGAAGUUCCCCGGGUCAGAUAACCUGACCAGAGUCGUGUCCUUGAAAUGUGGGAACUCCAUAAUUAAACGACCUACCUCUAAAUUGUGUAUAUUACCUGUUUCUAGUUAA